UUUAAUGUUAUUUUUCUUUUUACAGGAUUACAAAGCCAUUGACAUUUGCUGACUGUGUUGGUGAUGAGCUUCCUUUAGGAUGGGAAACUGUUUACGAUCAGCAGAUUGGGGUGUAUUAUAUGGACCACAUAAAUCAGCUUACACAAAUUGAAGACCCAAGGGAGCAAUGGAGAAGGGAGCAGGAACGCAUGCUAAAGGAAUAUUUAAUAGUUGCCCAGGAGGCACUUAAUGCCAAGAAAGAGAUUUACCAAAUAAAGCAGCAGCGUUUCGAACUGGCCCAAGAAGAAUAUCAACAAUUGCACAAAAUGUGUGAGGAUGACAACCGUUCUUAUGCGAGCUCAUUCUCUGGAUUUUCAACUAAUACCAAGUAUGACCCAUAUCAGAUUAAAGCAGAAAUAGCCAGCCGUCGUGACAGGCUUUCUAGGCUAAAACGAGAAUUGGCACAGAUGAAGCAAGAGCUGCAGUAUAAAGAAAAAGGAGUGGAAACUCUGCAAGAGAUUGAUCGUAAGAUGUCAAGUGCUCAUACAAAUUAUAGACUGGAUGAAGCGCAGGCUAUAAUGAGUGAGCUACGAACCAUAAAGAAAGCCAUAUGCACAGGUGAAAAAGAGAGGCAGGACCUUAUGCAGAGCCUGGCCAAGCUAACCGAUGGAUUCAGGAAUAGCUGUUGCAUUACAGAUUCCCUGCAGGAUCUCCAGCACAAUUCUAGUUCACUCAGUGAUUCCUGUUUACCUCAACAACACUGCGAUGCUUGUUCUCAGACUGACAUCACUGGGGAGUUUGGGUUCGAUGAUAAAACAAGACUUGUAGACAAAGUAAGACUCAACUGGCAAUAUGAAGAAGCCAAGAAAAGAGUUUCAAAUAUACAACAGCAGCUGGCCUUGCUAGACAAUGAAUCUUGGCCAGGAAUGGCUGAAGCGGACAGGGACCGUCUUCAGCUCAUCAAGGAGAAGGAGGCUCUCCUUCAGGAGCUGCAGCUCAUCAGUCAGCAGAGACGAUCCCCAGAAGACAUUGCACGUUUGGAGGAAGAAAAAAGACGUUUGGAGGAUGAAAUUCAGCGGGCUCGAGCAACCUCUGCUCAUGGGGCCACUGAAAGGAUAUUGUUACAGGAAAAGAGAAAUUGUUUGCUUAUGCAACUGGAGGAAGCUACACGUUUAACCUCGUAUUUACACUCCCAAUUGAAAAGUCUGUCGGCUAGCACCCUGACAAUGUCAUCUGGCAGCAGCAGGGGUUCCCUGGCCUCCAGCCGAGGUUCCCUGGCCUCCAGCAGAGGCUCCCUCAGCUCAGUCAGCUUUACGGACAUCUACGGCCUUCCUCAGUAUGACAAGUCAGACAGCGUUACAGACUACGGGCAGCAUUUGCGCUUUGACAUCAUUCCCUUUGAGUCUCUGACAAAGGACGUGCCGUACGCUGAUCCCAUUGGACAUUCAAAUUUCAAUAAGCAACGGAGGUCUCUGGAUACUCCUCAGUCCCUGGCAUCCCUGUCAUCACGGUCCUCUUUGUCAUCACUGUCCCCUCCAAGCUCACCUCUGGACACCCCGUUUCUUUCUGCAUCUCGAGAUUCUCCCUUGGCUCAGAUGUCUGAAGGCUUUGAGGAGAUUGCAGGCAUGGGAGCUCUGGAAAUGCUCAGAGCUCAGACCACAGCAUUGGGUGACGAUGAUGCACAAGGAACAAGUUCAUCUCAGAUGUCCUCUUACCCUGUCGACAGUGAAGGGGUGCGAGAAAUGGGCCCACAGCUGACUGCUGUCCAACCUAGUGGAGCUGUAACUCUGCGAGGAGACAGCGGUCGAAGAUCGGAGAGGAGAGCCAGGCGAGUUUCAGCAUGUCUCUCAGAUCAUUCACUGGCUAGUGACAGUGGCGUGUUUGAAGCUUUAAGCAAAAGGAAUGAAGAUAUGGAAGAGCCUGUUUAUGGUGAUAUUGCCAGUAAUGAAGAACCACAAAUACAUGUUGGAUUUCUGCAUGACAGUGGAAGCGAAUGUCUCUUAGUCCAUGUACUACAGCUGAAGAAUUUUACUAGUCUAGUUGUUAAGGAAAACUGCAAAAUUCAUGUGAGAGUUUAUUUGCCACCACUUGAAUCAGGCACACCAACCACUUACUGCUCCAGAGCCUUGGAAUUCCAAACUCCGCUAAUAUUUAAUGAAGUUUUCCGCAUCCCUGUGCAUUCAAGUGUUUUGAAACUGAAAUCACUUCAGCUGUACAUUUGCUCAGUUGAUCAUCAGCAACAAGAAGAAUUAUUGGGCAUUGCUCAGAUAAACCUGAGUGAUUUGGAGAGUUCUGGUGAGAUGCAGCUUCACUGGUACUCUGUUCAAAUCUUCACUGGUUCGGAUCCCCAGAGACCAAAGAACAAACACCAGUGUGAAGAAAGUAUUCCCCGGUCUUCUGGAAAUGUAACCGCAGUUAAAACAGAUGCAGUGACAGCCCUGUUAGCUAGGACGACUGCCCAACUGGAAGCAGUUGAGAGAGAGCUGGCAGAAGAGAGAGUGAAACUGGAGUACACUGAGGAGGAAAUCCUGGAGAUGGAGAGAAAGGAAGAUCAGGCAGAAGCCAUAUCAGAAAGGAGUUGGCAAGCAGAAUCUGUUGACAGUGGAUGCAGUAAUUGCACCCAGACUAGCCCUCCUUAUCCGGAGCCAUUUUGCGGGGAUUCAUUAGCUGGACACAUGUUUGCAACUCAAGCUGGGCAGUACAGUUCUGGAAAACUCCAGCCUCCACCAGUAAAGGUAAUGAGAGAAGGCACUGAGUAUGGGAACUGUACACUGCUGCUUGUUGAGUUUAAGUCCAAAUUGAUCUGGAGAGAAAUGUUAGCAAGUUUUAUAUUCAAUAUCUUUUCUAUUCAGCUAUAUCGCAGUGACAGUGACAGCUCGACUCUGCCAAGGAAAUCACCAUUUGUCCGGAAUACACUGGAGAGGCGUACUCUUCGGUAUAAGCAGUCCUGCAGAUCGUCUUUGGCUGAGCUUAUGGCAAGGACAUCAUUAGACCUGGAGCUGGAUCUCCAGGCAUCCAGAACUAGACAGAGACAGCUGAACGAGGAGAUAUGUGUCUUACGGGAGUUGAGACAGCGUCUGGAAGAUGCCCAGCUCAGGGGGCAGACAGAUCUGCCCCAUUGGGUCCUUCGGGAUGAGCGAUUCCGAAAUUUGUUGAAGGAAGCAGAGAGGCAGACACGGCAGACCAAAUUUGAACAUCACCAGGAGCAAGCAGCUGAAAAGAUGCUAAAGAAAGCAUCAAAAGAAAUAUACCAGUUGCGUGGGAAAAACCAGAAGGAGCCUAUUCAGGUGCAGACUUUUAGAGAGAAGAUAGCAUUUUUUACAAGACCAAGGAUUAACAUACCUCCUCUGCCGGCUGAUGAUGUAUGACAUGUUGCAUUGUAAACAUGAAGUAUUUAUCGCUUUUAUUUUAAUGAAGUUAUUAGAUUAGCCAAGUUUCUUUAAAAAAAAAAA